UAUAAGCUGGAGUAUUAUUUAUUUCUGGGAUUCUUUAAACAUUUGUUUACUAGAUGAAUAUAUUGUAUAGGUAGCGUAACAUACAGUAUAACAGUUAUAGAUUCUUGCAUAGAGACCAAGCGUGCUCGAAUCGAUAGUCUUAUCCAUAAAUUUUCGAAGUUAUUCAUAACUUUAGUUUCCUCAUAGAAAACCCUUUCAUGUAGUCAUCACAAGCAAAGUGAUUCGUCUAAGGGUUAAUUGUAAAGCUCUGCUCUUGCGUCUGCAGGUUGCAGUAGCUGCUAAAUGCUGGUUGAAAUCUCUGCUGACUGGCUUCUGCCUCGGCUAAAGUGUGUGGACGUAUCGUAAAAGCUGCUGCAAGUUGCGUGUAAGAACUGCCGAGGAACGCCUUUCCGUGUCAAAAUCAAUAAUAGUGUGCGAUAAGGUGCGCUCGGCUGAGCACCCUCGGGAAAGUAGCGCUAGAUACUAACUAAUCAAAUGGUAUCAAAUUUUAGAAAUAAACUUUACAUAAACUUGACAUAGUGACAUAAGUAGUUCACCUGCAGGUAUAACUACCCGCUUUGGAAUUAAGCAUUUAUACAUUGCUACGCAUGGCGUUCAUUUGGCAGCUGAUUUCGACGGCCAUUUAUGUGGUCGGCAGCCUGGCCAUUGCUGCCUUUCUCUACGACAACUUCAAGUCCUUGGUCUGCAUCAUAAAGGCCCUGCUGGAGCCCUACUUCCAGCCGCAGUUGCCACAGACCUUGCUGGAUAAAUACGGCAAAUGGGCGGUUGUUACCGGCGCCACUGAUGGCAUUGGCAAGGAAUACGCCAAAGAGCUGGCACGCCAAGGUCUUAACUUGGUUUUGAUCUCACGCACUCAGGAAAAACUCAUUGCUGUGACCAAUGAGAUCGAGGCUCAGUACAAGGUGAAGACCAAAUGGAUAGCCGUUGACUUUGCCAAGGGCCGGGAAGUUUACGAUGAGAUUGUAAAGGAACUGGCAGGCAUACCAGUCGGCAUAUUGGUUAAUAAUGUGGGAAAAAUGUACGACUACCCCGACUCGUUGGACAACGUGCAGGAAGACGUUUUAUGGGAUAUUAUUAAUUUGAAUAUUGGAGCCGUCACGAUGCUAACCCGCAAGCUGCUGCCACAGAUGAAGGCAGCCGGCAAGGGGGCCAUUGUAAACAUUGGAUCGGGCUCCGAACUACAGCCCAUACCCAAUAUGGCUGUGUAUGCAGCGACCAAGAAAUACAUAACCUACUUUACUCUGGCCCUGGAACAGGAACUGGCCGAGCACAACAUCGCCGUGCAGCUGGUCAUGCCACUAUUUGUGGUGACCAAAAUGAAUCAGUAUUCGAAUACGGUUAUGCAAGGUGGUCUCCUCAUACCAAAUGCGCAGAGCUUUGCACGCUCAGCAGUCUUUACACUGGGAAAAACCAGUGUGACCAAUGGUUUCUGGUCACACGGACUUCAGUAUUUCAUAAUGAAGAUGGCGCCGCAGCAUGUGAGAAUGUUAAUCAGCCACGAGAUGACGCGUCGUCUACGUCACGAGUACCUCAACACACAGGGCAAGAACAAGGUGUCAUAGUAGUUGACUUUCACAUAACCAAGUGUACAUUCUAAGCGUCUUGUAAAUAUUGGCACAUACUAGUACUAAUACUAAUAGCAAUAAAAACAUGUAAACAUACGA